AUGUUAUCCGAUGACUUCGAUAAUUUACAAUCGUUGCCAAACAUUGCAAUGACAAUUCGUCGUUCAAUUAAUCGAUCACGUGAGAGAACAUUUCUCGAACCCUAUUUAGCUACCAUCGAUGGUUUAAUGAGAAAAAUAGCUCGUGAAAAUUUGCAAUGUCGAUUUAAACAAUAUCCCAAUGAAAUUAUCAUCAAUUCGAAUUUAAAAUAUGAUUGGGCUGAUCUUGUUGAUUUUGGUCAUACAGAUAAGUGUCGUUUUUAUACCACAGGAGCGGGUCCAUUUUAUCUUCGUGUGUUUCGCCCAAAUCCGAUACACAAUGGAACGAAUUGGAUUAAGCGAGAUCGACAAGGAGCUGAAGUCGCUUUUCUGGUUGGAAAGAAUAUUAAGAGUCGAUUACUCGAUGCAUGGCACAAAGAUAUCAAUGAGAAUUUUGCCAAAUGGGAAAAUAAUACACAAUAUUAA